AUGGAGGCUGCUAAUGGCUUGGAACAAUUUCUCACAGACACUUGGAACGAUAUCGUCGGUCUGGUACAUGAGUCCGCAGUGUACAUAGAUCAUGCAGCGACCGAGUGCCUGCACUGGUACACCAGUGGCAAGACGUAUGCCUUUCUCAAGGAUGCUGGUGCAGUGUCGGUAUACGAACUGGCCAUGUACAAUUUUCGGUAUGUCAAAGUAAAGAAUUGCAAGAGAGCCGUCAUUAUCUCGACCUCUACCAAUCCAGCUUUCUACCAACGCACAGUUAAGAUGAUAAUGGAGAAAAACGCAUUCGACAGCUGUACGAUUGUCACUGCGGCGCAUUCAACUGUGCUGACUUAUGAGGACACAGUGCCAGUAGAAGAUAGAGUCGAUUAUGCAAAACUAAAGAGGGAUGUAAAAAGUUGGAUGCGCUCAAAUCAGCAAUCGCAGGAUUGUAUGGUGACGAUACUAUUCCGGCCAAUCUUCAUUAGCUCGAUAGACGACGGUUUAUUCGUGACGCCGCCUUUCGGUGAUCUACUACCGCCCCUGAACAGCGCCUCAACGGUGGAUUCCGAGUUUGCGAUUGAUCAUCUCGUGAGUUUGCUCGACAACUUGUUUGCAUACUUGAACUUAAAAGAGGACGUUUACUCGAUGGGGAAAUUCAGCGAGCACGUUGCCGAGAAAUUGGAAACGUUACCGGCAGCUAUCAGUCGUAGGAAUAAUUUAGCAGGUACAAAGGGAAAAGGGGUAUCUUUAAUCUUCGUUGACAGAACGCUAGACCUCUGUACUCCUACCAGUAACAAUACUGAAUCGUUGCUGGCCAGGAUACUGUGCACCCUGCCUCACUUACCUCACCACUAUAACGACGUCGCGAUAAACAUGUCUCCUUUGUUCCAUGGUCCACAGGAGUCUAUUGAGGUACCGGGAUGCUUGGCCAGCAACGACAAGAGUCUGAUGAAUAUGUUGAUCACGAAGAAGCAGAAAGAGGUCUUGACCACGAUAAACAAAAUGCUCAUCGAUAUGCUUACAAUGAAGGCAAAUUCGAGAUUAAAGGAGACCCUGAAACCGAAAUUGGCAACAAGGAUCUCCGCGCACAGUUUAGAAAAGUUUAUGCACAAGUUCAAGGAUGUAGACGACCUGCGUGCUAUACUCGAGCCAAGCAAGAAGCUUCAAGUGAUACUGGGAAUUAUACAAGCGCUAACAUCCGAAAAAACGUCGCAGUUAGAACUGCUGAUCAGUCUCGAGAAACUAGUCUUGCAAAACAUAGCUGUAAGCCGCGACUCGACCAGCGUGCUCGGGCAAUUCAGCAAUAUAAUAAAGACACGCGAAAAACGAGGCCUAGAUACAGACAAUAUAUUGGCACUGUUGGUGCAUAUUUACGCGCUCGCUGGAACCGAGAUACAGUUCUGUCCUCAGCAAGAGCAACAGCUGAUGGAAGCUAUUGCCGAUGCUGUAUUUGAGGAUACCACAAAAUUAAAUGAGAACACGAUGAACAGCAAGAUGUCAGUGUAUCAGCAAACUUUACUGCUUUCUGGUGCUGCUGAUGCCGAGACUAUAAGAGAAACUUCUAUGAGAGUAGCAGAUCGCAUCAUGAACGUUUUACAUGAAAUAGCACAGCAACGCGCAUUUCUACAUAAUUACACAUCUCUAAUGUCUAAAUCGAGUUCUCAAGAGAUUGUUCGACGUAUCGGCAUCUUGCAACAACUGCUAACAGAUAUGCUCUAUCCAGAGAAACACGAGCUUCCUGACUUACAUCAAAGAUCACCUUCGCUUAUAUCGGCUGGAUUCAACUUAUUCUCUAAAGGAAGGAUGAAACGUCAUCCAUGCGACAAUGACUGGAUUAUCAUUUAUGUCAUCGGAGGUGUAACACCGGAGGAAGUAAAGGAAGCUAAAGAAACCAUAUCAUCGUUCAACCUAAAUUGCCAUGUAACAGUAGCAGGCUCAAGGUUCUUAAAUCCAUUAGAUAUAGUAGAUAAAGUUCUCCUAUCAUCGAUUGAUUAUUGAUCCCCGAGAUCUGUCUUGUUUACAAUUAUGCACUGUUAAAAAUAGUCCACUUUAUACCAUUGUCAGAGAUUGUAUAGCGAAUCUGUUUUGUAUCGUCUGCGGACUCUACGUGGCACAUAAAUUCGCGAGCAACGUUAUUCUUGC